AUGCCCCCGGGGCUGCCCCCGGCCGUGCCCCGGUGCCAGUGCGGGGGCAGCAGGUGCCCGGGGGAUGCCGCUGGGGCUAACGGGGGCUCAGCCCUGCUGAUCGGCGCCUCGGAGGAGGAGGAGGAGGAUGAGGAUGAGGAGGAGGACGAGGAGGAGGAGGACGGGGCCGGGGUGUCUCCGCCGGCUCUGGGCGCGGAGCGGGGCCUGCGGGAGCCCCCGGGGCGCAGCGCCAGCCACCUCUUCGGGGGGCCCGGCCCCGGCAGCGACGAGGACUCGAGCUGGGCCACGCUGAGCCAGGGCAGCCCCGGCAGCUCCCCCGAGGAGCCAGAGUCGCUGUGGCCGUGUGGCGCAGGAGCACACGGGGACCUGCCCCCCGGGUGGCUGCGGGUGCAGGACACCUCAGGCACCUACUACUGGCACGUCCCCACUGGCACCACUCAGUGGGAGCCCCCCGGCGGGCCCCACGAGACCCCUUCCGACGGCAGCACCCCCACCGAGGGGCCCACCCUCUCCUGGACGAGCUUUGCCCCAGCUGAGACCUUCAAUGAUGGGGACUUGUGGAAGGACCCCACAGCUGAGGAGGAAGAGGAGGAGGAGGAAGAGGAAGAUGAGGAUCCAGGAGUGUCGGACCUGGAGAUGCCGUCACCAGGCCCGGGAUCACCAGGAGAGGGCAUGGCCCUGGGCGAGGAGGAUGCGCUGAUCUCCAAGGGCCUCCCGGUGCGCUCUCUGGGCUGGGUGCAGCUGCGGGAGGAGGAGCUGGGGCCGGGCCGCAGCAGCAGCGCUGUCAGCGCCUGCAUCCGGCAGCUCUCGGGGCCUCGCGAUGGCCCCCCCGGCUCCUGGGGGGAGGCGCGGGCGCUGCUGCUGCUGGAGUCUGUCCUGCUGUGCUGCCGGGGACACAGGGAGAGGGACUUCGCCUACGUGGCCCGGGACCCCCUGACGCAGGUGCUGAAGUGCCAUGUGUUCCGCUGUGAGGGGCCGGCCAGCGCCAUCGCUGCUGGGCUGCACCGGGUCUGUGCCCAGCUGACGGCAGAGCGGCGAAGCACCCGGGCAGCAGGCAACGGCCUGGGGACAGACCCCCCCCGGCUGGGGGAGCCUCCCCUGCAGGUGGAGUUCCCAGCCCCCAAGAGUGAGGUGGUUCAGCGCUUCCCCGUGUGUUACCUGGGCUGUGUCCCCGUUGCCAAGCCAGUGGGCAUGGACGUGAUCAACGCGGCGCUGGAGGCAGCGCUGGCCCCCGGCUCAGGGGAGCCCCCUGCUCCCACCCCCGUGGUGGUCAGCGUGGCCCCUGCCACCCUCACCAUCGCUCACCGCCAGACAGAGGCGGUGCUGUGCGAGUGCCGCGUGCGGUUCCUGUCCUUCAUGGGGGUGGGACGCGACGUCCGCGCCUUCGCCUUCAUCAUGGCCAGCGCCCCCGGCACCUUCCGCUGCCACAUGGUGUGGUGUGAGCCCAACGCCGCGGGGCUCAGCGAGGCGCUGCAGGCUGCCUGCGUGCUCCGCUACCAGAAGUGCCUGGAUGCGCGGCCCCAGGCCUCCAGCUCCUGCCUGCCCGCCCCCCCGGCUGACUCGGUGGCACGGCGGGUGGGCUCCUCUGUGCGCCGGGGGGUGCAGACCCUCCUGGGGACCCUCAAACCGCGGCGGGGAGGGGCGCAGACCCCGUGAGUGGGGCGAGGGCGUGGGGGGUGUGCGGCUGCGUGAGGCAGCGUGGGGGGGCAGGACUGCUGACCCAACGCUUCGGGGCACAGAGUUACCCAGGGUGUUGGGUCAGGGGUCCAGCUCCCUCCAGUGCCCCCACGGUGGGUCACGCCCCCCCCAGGGUCCCCAGUGCAUGUGGCGUAAUGAGGGUCUGUGUUGUACUAAAUCAUUAAUUAAUAAACCCAUUCCACCAGC